ACUGGUAACCCACCGUUGGCCACUUGUUAGCGAUAUUGUUUUUGAACUAGUCUGGAACACAAAGACCCGUUCCUAAUGGCAACCGAGCCUGCUUCGGUGUCAUUCGUGAGUUAACGGUAGUUGAUGAGUAGCAGCAUGUGAUCAUAUGUAAAUAUAAUAAGAGAAGCAGAGGUGAGUUAACAUCAGACGAGAAAAAUCAAAGAAAGUGUGCAAAAUUGUGAACAUCUGAAUUAGGACUCAGUGUUUAGUUUUUAACUAGUUUUUAUUUCACGAAAAGUUUUUUUUAUAUCAAAUGCGAAAAGGGACUUAUGAUUUUACAACAGGAAUAAACUUACUUGGCAAAAUACUAGAAUUUUCACGAAAAAGGACAUAAAAAUGCCUAAAGCAUUUUUAUUAACGAAUAAAAGAUACAAAAUAUGGAAACAAAUAAAGGAGACAUUCAGGGAAGAACAGAGACGCCGGCUACUGGAGCAGAAGCAGCGUCAACAAACGGAAGUUCAUUUCGACAAUGUUGUAGCAGACGACAAGAAAACUUCUUUACUUCCGUUUGAAAAUUCCACGGAUUAUAGUAAAUAUACAGACGUAACAGAUGAAGAAGAAGCACCGAUUUCGCCACAGAUACCAUCACCCGCCAUUAGUCCGUCCUCUUCACAUGCGUCAUCAUCGACGUCAUCAGACGAGAGCGACAGUGGAUAUUCAUACACGACAGAAAAUAGGGCCAUGUCUCCUACCAUAGAUUUCGGACUCACUUGUCGUCAACAACACAUCUCUUUCCUAUAUGAGCUUAUGACCAACACGAAUCAAGCUACACCACCGUAUAAAGACAAUUUCCAUCAAACUUAUGACCAGUCCUUUCAUAAAAUAGGGGCAGAUUAUUCCGCGCGCGUGGGCCAAUAUUUCGUACCAAUUCAUCCAAUCAUCAGCCAACCACUUCAGCCGAUUUCUAAUACGCAAAGCGAAGUUGAGAGUCACGCAUGCGCAGAAUGUGGAAAGAGAUACAGCACUUCAAGUAAUCUCGCGCGACAUCGACAAACACACAGAACGACAACUGAUAAAAAAGCCCGGAAGUGCCCUCAUUGCGACAAAACAUACGUUUCGAUGCCCGCAUAUAGCAUGCACGUGCGUACGCACAAUCAAGGUUGCGAAUGCAAGUACUGUGGAAAAAGAUUCAGUCGUCCUUGGCUUUUACAAGGUCACAUUCGCACACAUACGGGUGAGAAACCAUUCUCAUGCCCAACUUGUCAGAAAUCAUUUGCGGACAAGUCUAACUUGCGCGCGCAUAUACAGACUCAUUCGUCGGAGAAGCCGUACGUCUGCGGACGCUGUGGAAAGGCGUUCGCACUGAAAAGCUACUUGUAUAAACAUGAAGAGUCUUCGUGCAUGCGAGGCCAGAAAUUUAGACAGUAACAUUCGAGAGAAUCUUUUCAUUAUAGAGGACAUUAUUUUGGACAUUAUUACAAAAAGACAUAUAAAAAUUUUACAACAGUUCGUAGAUAAGUAUACCAAACAAAAAACUAUCAAGCGCAUUUCAAUCAACUAUUUCAUAAAAAGAGAUGUAAACAGACAUGUUAAAAGAACAAAAACUUAUAAUUAAAUCAACGACAACAUCCUUUUCACAUUUCGCCGAAAGAGAGACAAAUCUAAAUUCUUUAAAUAUGAAAAAAUUCAACAUGGAACUAUUCAUACGAAGAAACUGCUGAAAAAUAAGAAUACCAGUCUUUCUAUUGUACUACACGCCUCGACAUGAUGUUUUGAGGUUUCAUAUUACAUAACUUGACAUUAAAUAUGGAGGUUUCACAUAACACCUCGAUACAUUAUUACACAGGGACUCGAUACAACAUUACUGACCUUGACCUGGAGUGUCAAGGUCAAGGGCCUACAUAUUAUACGUCUCGAUGAGAAGUUCCGAGACAACGUUUAUUCCAAAUCAAGUGCUACAAUUUUAAUGGGAUCAAGUCAUUUUUCAGUCAUUUAUUUCAACGCUUUCAUUAAACAAAUUCAUUUUUUAUAUAACGACAUGGAUUGAACUAGUCCAAGAGAGUAACAAGUUUGAGUUGACGUUUUCUUUCCUUUAGUUAUUUUUCUUUAGCUUUAUUUAAGUGACGUCAUAGGAUUAUGAAUUAAGAUUUUUUUUUAAGACUUCUUUUUUAACAUUUUAUAUGUCAGUAUUUAGCAUUAGUGUUGUUAUGUCAAAAAAAUCUAAGUUAAGAUUUUUAAACUAGUUUAAUGUAAUUAUAGUUAAAUGUAUUUGUCCCUUUGAUUAAUUCCAAAACCAAUGUAUUGCGACUGAAAAGUCAGUUCAAACGUGUUGAACUAUUUAAGUCAUUUAUUUAUUUAUUAUUUAUUUAUUUAUCUAUUUAUUUAUUUAUCAAACAAGACAUGCAUUUUAUUACCAAUGCUGUUAUAUGGAAAUUAAACAGGAAAACAUUUAUGUCUAUGAAAUACAUUCACUUACGACAAAUUAAUCUAAUUUUGCAAAUUGGAACUUUUUGAUAAGAUUGUUUGUACCAUUUCGUAUCGUUUUUUAAAAUAUGAAAAAAAAAAAUUGUUCACUUAUCAAAAGUGUUUGCACUGAAACAUUACUCACUAUAAAGUGUGUAAUUAAGAUCGUAUCGUGAUAUGAGCAAUGUUUUGUUUUAAUGAUUAUAAUCGCAUGGAUCAUCAUCAUAAGACAACAAUGAAAAUAAAAAAAUAAUUUUUGUAUCAUAUUUUUUUCACAUCUGAUUAUAUAUAUGUAAAUACUGUUUUUCGUAUUAUUUAUUUUAUAUAUUUAUUAACCUGCGUGUUGUGCCGUGUUUUACCCCGUUUCUAUUUAUUUUAUUUUUAUUUAUUACAAAGCUUUUUUUUAAUUUAUUGUAAUUUAUUGACUCGAACAUUCACUGAUCUUCAUCAGAUUCAGUGAACCGUGAUCUCAGUGGAUAUGAUUUUUUUUAUUUUAUUAACUAUGCAACAAAAUGGCAGCAUAUUUUAUGUUUCAUUUAACCAUAAUCUUUUUUGUACAGCUUGGUACAUUCUUUAAAUAGAUAUAAUCUAUAUAAUAGAAAAAAGUCUAUAAAUAGAAACAUUCUACAAAUAGAUAUGUUCUAUAAAUAGGAACGUUGUAUACAUUUAAUAUACGUAGUAUACAUUAAUGAAUUUGCUUAUUUUACUUAAUGAGAUAUCAUAGCAUACGAACAUUCAUACAUUACUGAUUUUAAUAAUUUUAUAUUAUGUGUCUUCGUUUCCUAAUAACAGCCAUUGCAUUUGUGAUGUUUACAUGAUAAAUGAUCGACGUAUGACGUAAUCAUUUUUGACGGAUUGAUAUAAAAGAACUAUUCCCAUCGGUUACCAUAGGAACUCGGUUUCUUUUUUAAGGAAACGGUCAGAGUCAGGCAAUUUUCAAGAUACCAGACCGUGUCAAAUUGAGAUUAUAUAACACUCAAUGACCGGAAACGGAAUGAAUUUUAUAAAAAUGUAACUAAAGAAAUAUUAAAGACAGGAUACAUAUAGGAAAUCAACGCGCUGCAAUCUGCGACCAAUUCCCGAGUUCCUUUAGGUGUUACAUGAAAGACAAAAUCUGCACAAACCUGUGGAUCAUUUAUAAAUUAAAUGACCUUGAACCAUUCAAUGACCUUGAACCAUUGACAUUUUGAUGUCAUAAAAAGAAAGUGUAUCUUUAGAUUCCAAAAUAAUUGUUUUAAACCAAACAUUCUUUGUUACCGUUUUCUUCAUUGAAACUUCCGGUAAACGCUUGAAAUCAUUUCAUCAUUCGUCUAGAUGAUAUAUGAUUAUUAUUACUUUUUUGUUAUAAAUUCAUGUUUGCGUUUAUGGUUUGAUGUGUUUUUAUUAUUAUUUAUAUUCUGACAAUGUGGUGUAAUAUAUAUAUUUGAAGUGUUGCUUCAUAAUUUACAUAUAUUACCAAUUUUUGCAGCUAUGCAACUUCUUGGAUAUGUUUUAUUUGUUUGCAAUUGAUCAAUGAAGGUACGGCCUUUUUAGCGUUUGUAAGACAUGUUUUGAUUGGAUGAUUUGUUUUCUGGGUGUAGCUAUUACACAUCACGACAAAUGUGACAGAUUUUAGACAAGCACCCAGAAUACUAACGUAAUAGAAAUAUUACGGACCAAUCAAACUAUAUGAAAAUAACAAAACACUAUUUUCAAGAGUCAUGGUGGCCGAAAACAAUUCUUGUUUUAGUAUGCUACAGUAGCUUAUAUGCGUCUAUUUUCUAUACUUACCAUCAAAAAUAGAUUUAGUUUGUCUGAAACCGGAAACGGAGAGUAAAUGUGUAUGGAAGUAUAUACGUAUGCCAGGGCUUCAUUCUCUAUGCUUUGCACAUAUUUACUUUUAGUUAUAAAAUGGAGGUAAUAUUAAAAUAAAAAGCAUUUCUUAAGGACCAAAAUCAUUGUAAGGGAAUAAGUCUUGAUGAAAUCCUUUGCAUUAAAACGAGAUAUGGAAAUUUUAAACAAGUUUACUUAAAAUGAAUACUAAAAGAACAUUUGUGUUAGAGAACUAUUAAUAAAAGCGAUUUAAGAAAAUCAGACUUUUCUGGGUUUUUUUUCUAAAGAGUUAUUGCUCUUUGUGUCUAUUUUAGUAGAAGCUGAAGACCGAUAACUCUUCAGAUACUGACACAAAUUCAUCGAGACUUGUUUCCCUAAUCACCGUCUGUGAAGACGCUAAAACAUAUGUGUGUACUCAUUGUUUCAUUAGAAUAGGAAAAAGGACAAUACAAUUCUCAGAUAUGUCAACAUUUUUUUCAAAGUUGGCAGUCAUAUAUCUAAAGAUCAAAAGAUAGGUCACAUGCAUAACUGAAUUGAUACUGCUAUGUGUGCUAUUUUGAGACUAGAAAGUGUAGAGUGAAACUUAAUAUCAAUGUUAUGUUAUUUCAUCGGCCUUCGCCAUUUUAGUAUGUAACAUCUACAAUGCAUUUGGAGAAGGUUUAUUUUUUUCUGAUACCGAAGGAAGGAACAAAUGCGGUGUAUUGCCUUAACAUAAUACAAUUUAAAUGUAUGUCUUUAAAAUCAUUGAAAACAUAAAUUUUAUAUAAAAACAAAACAAUUUUGAUACAUUUUAUUGUAUAAUAUCAUUUUUCAAGUACAUGUAUACGAAAAUCUAACAAACAAGUGCCUUAGUAUCAACUGUUUCAUCCAUUUUUACCAUUUGUGCCAAAAAAAUAAAAUAAAGUUUUUCAUAGA